UUCCUGUAUUGUACUGACCUACAGCUGCAGGCAGGAUUCCCUCCUUGGCUAGAUGUGGUGAAGCCCUUCAUCUUUUCUUAGCUUUGACCUUGUACAUAAGAGCUUUUAGUUAGAGGUUUACUGAAGUGCAUUAUUUCUUUUUAAACUAAAGUUACAGCAUUAUUUUUAAUAAGGAUAAAAUAUUCCUCACUCUGCAUCAAUUUCAGAGCUAAAACAGUACUAUUGAUCUUUUCUUUCUAUCCUGUACUUUCUUGAGGCAAAACCUUGUAGUCUCGUUUUGACCUGCCUGAGCAUUACAGUCUGGCAUAUAGAGGUGCAAGCUGGAUCCCGGGCUACAUGAGUGCACAAGUUGCAGAGUAACAGAGUGGAUUCCUGGCCAUUUUUCCUGUUCACUCAGAGGACAAGACCCUAAGUGCCUAUGAAGAGGAGAAGGUGCUGUCCCAUCCCUAGGGACUUUGGCCUCACCACCGAGUCUGCAUGCUGUGUCAGCAGUCACUGCUCCAUCCGCUGACAUGACUCUUCCUAGUCUUCAUAUCCAGCUAAGCCUGUCCUGCUCCCUACACCUCCUCUCCUCCUGACUCCAGGAGUAGCUGACUGCAGAGGUGUGGGGCGUUGAAACCCUUUGAAGAAGUGUGUGGCUAAUAGCCUAUGUGUAAUUGUGAAGAAGUCUUCAAUGGAAGCCUCUCGUGAGAUAAAUGGACAGUCUUUACAAGUUGAAAUUCGUGGACCACUGCGACCCAGAACAUUAUUUGCAGCUAAGGACAGAGGUGGGAACCACAGGUGCUUAGACAAAUCCAUGGAAUUUAGUUGAAAUGCUUCAAGACAAAGCAUGUGUCCAGAUGACUUAACCAGUGACAAGAAUGGAAGGUGCAAACAUCCCACACCGGUUCCGAUGUUGCUCCUUCCUCACGCUGCAGUUAAAACAGAGCCAAUGAGCAGCAGUGAAAUAGCUUCAACAGCAGCAGACGGGUCUUUAGACAGUUUCUCAGGUUCAGCUCUCGGGAGCAGCAGCUUUAGUCCAAGACCAGCUCACUCAUUCUCUCCACCACAGAUUUAUCCUUCCAACAGACCAUACCCACAUAUUCUCCCUACCCCUUCCUCACAAACUAUGGCUGCAUAUGGGCAAACACAGUUUACCACAGGAAUGCAACAAGCCACAGCCUACGCCACGUACCCACAGCCGGGACAGCCCUAUGGAAUUUCCUCCUAUGGUGCAUUGUGGGCAGGCAUCAAGACGGAAGGUGGAUUGUCACAGUCUCAGUCACCUGGACAGACGGGAUUUCUCAGCUAUGGCACCAGCUUCGCUACCCCUCAACCUGGACAGGCACCAUACAGCUACCAGAUGCAAGGUAGCAGUUUUACCACAUCAUCAGGAUUAUAUGCAGGAAAUAAUUCACUCACCAAUUCCUCUGGAUUUAACAGUUCACAGCAGGACUAUCCAUCUUACCCCAGCUUUGGCCAGGGUCAGUAUACCCAGUAUUAUAACAGCUCCCCGUAUCCAGCACACUAUAUGACAAGCAGUAACGCCAGCCCAACGACACCAUCAACCAACGCCACUUACCAACUCCAAGAACCACCUUCUGGCAUCACAAGUCAGGCGGUCACAGACCCCACAGCAGAGUACAGUACGAUCCACAGCCCUUCAACGCCCAUUAAAGAUUCUGAUUCUGAUCGACUGCGUCGAGGUGCAGAUGGGAAGUCACGUGGCCGAGGCAGGAGAAAUAAUAACCCCUCACCUCCUCCGGAUUCUGAUCUUGAGCGAGUGUUCAUCUGGGACUUGGACGAGACAAUCAUAGUUUUCCAUUCCUUGCUCACGGGGUCCUAUGCCAACAGAUACGGGAGGGAUCCACCUACUUCCGUUUCCCUCGGGCUGCGAAUGGAGGAGAUGAUCUUUAACUUGGCAGACACACAUCUGUUUUUCAAUGACCUGGAAGAAUGUGACCAAGUCCAUAUAGACGAUGUUUCAUCGGAUGACAAUGGCCAGGACCUGAGCACGUACAACUUUGGGACAGAUGGCUUUCCUGCUGCAGCCACCAGCGCUAAUUUGUGCCUGGCCACCGGUGUCCGCGGCGGUGUGGACUGGAUGAGAAAGCUGGCCUUCCGCUACAGACGUGUAAAAGAAAUCUACAACACCUACAAAAACAAUGUGGGAGGUCUGCUCGGCCCAGCUAAGAGGGAAGCCUGGAUCCAGCUGAGGGCCGAGAUAGAAGCGCUCACAGACUCCUGGCUGACCCUGGCCCUGAAGGCGCUCUCCCUCAUCCACUCCCGGACGAACUGUGUGAAUAUUUUAGUAACGACGACCCAGCUCAUCCCGGCGUUGGCCAAAGUCCUGCUGUAUGGGUUAGGAAUUGUGUUUCCAAUAGAGAAUAUUUACAGUGCGACUAAAAUAGGAAAGGAGAGCUGUUUCGAGAGGAUAAUCCAAAGGUUUGGAAGGAAAGUGGUGUAUGUUGUCAUAGGAGACGGGGUGGAAGAAGAGCAAGGGGCAAAAAAGCAUGCUAUGCCCUUCUGGAGGGUCUCCAGUCACUCGGACCUCAUGGCCCUGCAUCAUGCCUUGGAAUUAGAGUACCUGUAACAGCCUCGUGCCAAGUUGACACUGCGCAACUGCCCUGUGGCCAGAGACAAUCCAGCAGGCCUCAGUCUUGUGUCGGUGCUGGACUGUGGAAUGUACCAAUUUCAACAUAUGGGUGAAUGGCUGCUGUGGUCUUGACUGCUCCCCUCCAGGUUAAUGGAGGACCAUGUGUAUUUCUUCGGAACAGCUGUUGACUCUAGUACUGUGAAUCCAAUGAAAUAAGCCAUGAGAAUGUUCUAGCACAGUGUGAUGUGUCUUGGCUACAUUAACUACAUGGUUCAAACCUGUGAAGAAAAGACCUACAGACACUUUGGUUUUCAGCAAAUGUGACAUAAACAGCUUCUCCAACCCAGCAAACUUGAUUCCACAACAGAGACUGAGAUGUGUCUCCUGGACAUCAGUGGAGGGAUCCUCUCAAAGGUUUACUUUUUGGUGUCUCCUACCCAGGGCAAUCUGUACGUCGCUACUUAUUUAUGAAAAGACUUUCAAGAAACAGAUUUGCCGAGGUAUAAUUUACAUACCGUAUAAUUCACCAAGACAGACUUCUCAGUAUCAAACAGUUGAAAGGACAAUAGUAUAAGAAAUAAUCAAUGAAAAGGCCUUUGCCUGACAAUACAGCAAAUACUUUGAAUUUUAGCACAUUGCAAAGUAGUUUAAAGUAUGUCUAAUUUAAACAUGUAAAAUGUACAUCACUGAGACAAUCGUGUACAGAAAGAAGUUUUGGUGUAAAUUUGUAAUAAUGGAUGAUUCUUUUACAUUCUGUUUAGGGGAAAGCUAUUAGGAGGUAGAAAUGCCUUCAUAGGAAGCUUGGGCACAAACUCCUGCAGUGCCUUAGCGAAGUAUUGGGUAUAAAUAUUGUAGAUAAUGGACAUUUUGAUAAUGUUAUCUAAGACCAAAAGCAUGAAUGUCAAGUGUCAACAAGGAUUUUAUUUUCCCAAUCUUUUAUCCCAUCAAUUUUUCUAAUUUUUUUUUUAGUGUUGGUUAGAAGGGCCUUGAUAAAAAUAACACAACAGUUUCAUAACUGAAAAAAAAUUUAAAGUCUUCCGGCCCACCUCACUUUCUCAUUUCAACACUAAUGUAUUAUAUGUAACUACUUGGAAAAGAAUGAUUAUUCGAAUGCUUCAUCCCACAGAAAGAAUAUAGAUGAUAGAUAUAUUUUAUUAAUAAAAUUAAUUGGAGCCUAGCAGAGUUUCCAUGUGCUCAGAAUUAUUAUUGUGUCUGGGUUUUGUGUCUGGGUUUCUUGUUUGUAUCAAAGAGGACAUUACCACAUAGCUGGGUCAGCAACACUUCCCAUCAGUCCUUCUGCUCAGUCUUUCCCUCCUCAUUACCCACAAUGGUUACGUCUGGCCAUCAUCACAAACACUAAUGUUGCGAUGUUGUUUUCUACUUAUGACAUGACAGACAUAAAUCUGGAGUGUGGGGGCUGAUGACAAAUGAUCAUGUUUGUCAUGCUAUAAGAAAGAUUCUUCCAAAAUGAUGAAUUUGUGUGGGCAGGACUCUUUCUCAUCUUGGACUUUGUGUUGCCAUGAAAUUACCCUUUGGAUCAAUUUUGUCUAAUAUUAUUACUCUGGGUUUGACCUGGAGUAGCAGACAAACCACUCUACCCUUUCCUUUUCUAAAAGUCCAUGUUGCUGCUAAAAAUUAGUCAUUGUGAAUUCUCCAAAUUGUUAAAGUGAAUAAUAGAAUCCGUUUCCUGUCUCACCUGGCGUAGACAGAAGUGGAUGGUUUUUUAAGCCUCUUCAUUUGAUGUUUCUGUACUCUGUGAAGACUGAAAAGACAGCUUUGAUCUUGGCCUUACUGUAAAAGAAAAAAGGGGGUGUGUGUGUCCACAGUUGUGUACAGAUUUUUUUCUUCAUUGAUUUUGUGUUUAAAUUAAUAAACUUGAUUUGUGCGGGACUGUA